AUGGAUUGUGGAAUUAUCACCUCCAAGACCGUGCUCCUCUUCCUCAGCUUGAUAUUCUGGGCUGCAGGAGCAUUUAUGGCCUACGUUGGAGCAAGUAUUGUCAAAACGUACAACAACUUUGACAGUUUCAUCCAGGACCGCUCCAUCCUCAUCUCUGCGACCAUCAUCAUCGGCAUCAGUGUCUUCAUGUUGAUCUUUGGUCUUGUGGGAUGCUGCUCCACAAUCCGGGAAUCCAAAUUGGGCCUCAGUUGCUUCUUCCUGAUCAUCAUGGUGAUCUUUGCAGCUGAAGUGGCAGCGUUAGUAUGCACCUUUAUCUUCCGUGGUAUGAUAAACCCAAAUCUGAACAAUAGCAUGGCUGAGAUUUUUUCAAAGUACGAUGGAGAGAAUGCGGACUCUAAGACAGUGGAUUACCUUCAGACUCAGCUGCAGUGCUGUGGUGUGCAGAAUUACACCAGUUGGACCAACACCACCUGGUUCUCCAGAAACAGCACGGUUCCUCUGUCCUGCUGUAAGCUCAACACCUCCUCGUGCACAGGGAGACUGGAUCAGCCAGACCUGCUCAACACCCAGGGCUGCCAGGUGAAACUCACAAACUUCCUCCAUGAGUCCUUGAGUUAUGCCAUGCUGGUCAUCCUGGGAUUUGCCAUCAUCAAGUUCUUUGGAAUGCUGAGUGUUUGUGUGAUCACCUGCAGAUCCAAUAACAGGAGAAAUGGAUAUGAGGCUAUGUAUGGCUAA